GCUUAUUUCGCCAGACAUCUGGUGAAAUAGACAUACACAGCGUUUUUAUUUUAUCAGCAUACACACAUUUCGUUUUUGUUCGUUUUACAGUUAACAGUUCAGUUGUCACUUGUCUGUGGGUGGGAAAACAGAAAAAAAAUGUCCGCUCUGCGGAAUUUCAUGUAUUUAAUAUUUUUCUAUGUUUUCCUCUUAUUUCAAGGCAUAUUAUCGACACCUGCCAAUGUUCCAUUAUCAAGUAUUUCCGAUUUACUUGUUGAAAGUGCUUUGACUACAUUAAAUGAAAAUUCACCCAAUCAUCGUGUUUACAAAAAAGCUGAGCUCAUAAAUGCUCAAAAAACUUUUGAGCCGCCCUUUAUAAUUUAUCAUCUUUCACUGAAGCUCGAUCCAAUUUGUAAAGAAGAAACAUGUGCUCCAGAAACAUGUUCCGUUCAAAUAAAACAAGACGAUCAAGGAUCCACCAUCAUCAAUCAAUCAUCAAUUCUCUGUUUAAAUCUCAAUCCCUAUGUACCACCGGAAUUAUCAACAAAUUUCGAAACACCAACAAAAGAUCAAGAAAUGAUCGAAUCACUCGAGAAACAAAUAGAUGAAAAUUUACGACUAGAUCAUGAAAUUCAAACAUCAGCCGAUCACAAUGAUCGUCCAUUUAUUGCAGUUCCCGCCUCAACAUCACAUUAUUGUCCCGGAUGUCCCUAUAAUCUUAAUCCAAAUCUUCCGGGUCUUUCGGCAUUUAGUGAAAAAAUUGUCAAUUCAAUGGACAAUUCAUUGGCCGGUGAAUAUAAAUAUAAAGUGAUUCAAAUUUUACGUGUAACACGUUCAGUGCCACCAAAUGCAAAUGUUGUUCGUUAUGAAAUUCUUCAUGAAAUUGGCGAAACCAAUUGUUUAAAAUCAAGUCAUGUUGAACGUUCACAAUGUGAUUUACAUUUGAAUACACCAAUAAAAACAUGUCAUGUGACAUUGGAAGAGAAACCAUGGCAAAAAAAUAGUCUUAGAAUAACAAAAAAUAAUUGCACUGGAACAACACUUGAAAAUGAAUUGGACGCAAGUGUUGGUCCAAAUACAGUGACUGAAAUUCCUGAAUCAACAAAUCGUGAUGUCGAUGAUGAUAUGAAGACAGAAUUUUAUGAUCAAGUCGCUCAAGAGGGUAAAUAUAGUACUUAUGAAACAAUGAUUGAUCAGUAUUUUGAAUCGCCAAUUUUAAAUUUGACAAAUGAACGCGAUUAUGUAGAGGAACCACAAAAAAAGAUACAACUAAAAAAAGAUUCCGAUCUCGAGAAACCAAAGGGUUUUGUUGAUAAACAAAAAGAAUUCGAUGUAUUUUUAGAGGAUUUUGAUGUACCUAUAAGGGAAAUAUCAACGCCAAAAGAUGAUCGUAUUCCAGUUCAGGAGGAAACAAUAAAAUCGGUAAAAAUUCCCAAUGAAGAAAUAUUACCCGAAUCAAUUCGCGUGAGACGAGAAACAAAAAGUGAUUUAAUAAAUGUUCAUGAUGAUUUAUUGGGAAAAAAAUUGGCAAGAAAAGCAAUUACAAUAUUGGACGAUGAGGAUUCAGAUUCAAUGAAGGAGGUUGUUAUGAAAGUUCUCGAUAUAAAAAAAGAGAAAAAAAAUAAUGGUGAUUAUUAUUUAAAAUUAAAAGUCGCUAGAACAAAUUGUAAUGAAGGUGAAAUGGAUUUUUCUGAAGAGCGUACAUGUCUUCAGGAUAUUGUUUAUCCAAUUAAAAUUUGUAAAUUAAUAUUAUCAAUUGAUGAAAAGAAUUCUUUGAAUAAUUUAAAAAUAAUUCAAUCCGAAUGUUUUGAUGAAAUUAAAAAUAGACGCCGACGUAGUGAAAAUUUGGGUGGACAUAAAAAAAUUGAUGUUAACGAUCCUGAUGUUAAGAGAUUUGUUAAUAUGGCUUUAAAUAAUUAUUCGGAGAAUUUGAAAAAAGAAUAUGAACCAAUUGUUGUUAAUAUAAAUGAUGCGAGUGUACAAAUUGUCUCGGGUAAAUUAUAUAAAAUUAAAGUAACAUUUGGCGAGAGUAAUUGUGCACGUGGAAUAAAAGAAAAUUGUCUCGCAAAAACAAAUGGCGAAUUAGAGGAAUGUCUUUUGAAAGUUUGGCAUAAACCAUGGUUAAAAAAUGAAGAACCACAAAUAACGUACGAAUGUAAUGGAAGAAAUAAACGAUCGGCAAAUGUUGAGAAAAAAAUAAUGCCCGGUGCACCACAUGAAAAAGAUGUAAACGAUCCGGAGAUAAAAAAAUAUGCAAAUUUUGCACUCAAAGAAUAUUCGAAAAAUUUAGAAAAAUCUUAUGAACCACUUAUUGUUGAAGUAUUGAGUGCAAGUAGUCAAGUUGUUGCUGGUAUACUCUAUAAAAUGAAAGUAAAAUUUGGCGAAAGUAAUUGUGCAAAGGGAAUAAAAGAAAAUUGUCUUCUAAAAACAAAUGGAGAAUCUGAAGUGUGUUUUAUUGAAAUUUGGUCAAAACCAUGGGAGGAUAAUGAUGAACCAAAAGUUACUGUUAAUUGUAAACAUGAAAUGAAAAAAAGAAAUCUACGGGGACAAAAUUAUCAGCAAAAAAUGUUGAAACAAUGGCAAGAAAUAACAAAUAAUAAAGAUGGAGAGUCGAGAGAAUUAUUUAAAAAUUUUGUUGAUAAAUUUCAAAAAGUUUACACAAACAAUGAAGAGAAAGAAAAUCGUUAUGAAAUUUUUCAGAAAAAUUUAAAAACAAUUGAACAACUAAGAAAAGAAGAACAAGGAACUGGUGAAUAUGGAGUGACAAUGUUUGCCGAUUUAAGUCACGAGGAAUUUACUUCUUCGCAUUUAGGUUUUAGAACUGAUUUACAGCAGGAAAAUGAAAUUCCCUAUCCAAUGGCAAAAAUACCGGAUAUUGAAUUACCAAAUGAAUUUGAUUGGACGACAAAGGGUGUUGUUACUGAAGUUAAAGAUCAAGGUUCAUGUGGUUCAUGUUGGGCAUUUGCUGUAACGGGCAAUAUUGAGGGACAAUAUGCAAUAAAAUAUGGAAAAUUAAUGUCCCUAUCGGAACAAGAAUUAUUGGAUUGCGAUAAAUUGGAUGAGGGUUGUAAUGGUGGAUUACCUGAUUCGGCGUACAGAGCAAUUGAAUCGUUGGGUGGUUUGGAACUUGAAAGUGAUUAUCCUUAUGAUGCGGAGGUUGAACAAUGUCAUUUUAAACAAACCAAGGCCAAAGUUCAAGUAUCGUCAGCGGUGAAUAUUACAUCAAAUGAGACACAAAUGGCGCAGUGGCUCGUUAAAAAUGGACCAAUUGCAAUUGGAAUAAAUGCUAAUGCAAUGCAAUUUUACAUGGGCGGAAUUUCACAUCCUCCGAAAUUCUUGUGCAAUCCUACAAAUUUGGAUCAUGGAGUUCUCAUUGUUGGCUAUGGAGUACACACAUAUCCAAUUUUUAAGAAGACACUUCCUUAUUGGAAAAUAAAAAAUAGUUGGGGACCACGAUGGGGAGAAAAAGGAUAUUAUCGAGUUUAUCGUGGAGGAAGUACCUGUGGAUUAAAUCAAAUGGCGUCUAGUUCAAUAGUCACCUAAAAAAAUAAGAAUCUCAGAAUAAAAGAAAAACAAAAUCUUUAUUUACUUGUAAAGAGAAAAAAAGAACAAAAAAAAAAACUGAAGUCACACAUAUAUCAUUUUAACAAUAACAAUGUGUGAUUGUAUCGAGUAAUUAUUAUUUUUUUUUCUACUCACAAAAUGCUUACAAGAAUUUCUCAAUAAGCUAUUUAUGAGAAGAUACUUGUCUCUCUAAUGACAAAAUAAUCAAUAGAAUUUUUUAUUAUAAAAAAAAAAAGAAAUUGAAAAAAAAAAGAAAUUUGUAGUCAUAGUCAGCUCUCUAAUUCUUAACCAGAGAUUGUUAAUAUUAAUAUAUUUGUAAAAAAAAAUCAAAUUUUGCAAAACACGUUGAUUGUAUAAAAAAAAAACGACAUGAAAUGUCGAUUUUUAUUUUUAUUUUCGAAUUUCGAAAAAUCUUUUGUUUUUCAGACAUAAAGACUGAUUUUAUAAAAAAAAAGUCUUAGUCUGCAAAAUUUCCCUCUUUGAUUUAUUUUUUCUUUUUUUUUUUUUUUUUAACGACACAAAAAGAAAAACAAAUCACAGAGGGAAAUUUAAAAUGUAAUCAAUUUUAAUUGAAAAUUAAAAAUAUUAAUUUUUUCAAACGUUUAAAAAUUAACUAAUAAAAAAAAGUUAAGAUAUUCAGGAAAAUGAAAGAACAAAUAAAUAUUCAAGAAUGUUUUGUUGUUUUAUUGAAGGCGAAAUUAUUGCGAAAUAUAUAUAUAUAUUUUUAUUUUUUUGUUUGUUGAGUAUUUUUUAUCUAUUAUUCAAUUGUAUAUGUAAAACAUCGACCUGGUAAUAAAUGUAAUUUUUAUUUUCUUAAACUAAGAAUAAACAAAGAAAUAAAGGAAAAAAUUCUCAUUUUUUUUUUUUAUUUCUUAUUUCACCUUCAAAAACUGUUUUUUUUUUUUCUGAAAAAGCUCUAGUAGAUAAUUUCAUAAAUUCUUUUCUAAUUUUUUAAAAAGCUGUCACACAAAAAUGUUACGUUAAUUUUAUUGAAAGCAUUUUUUGUUACCAAGAGAAAAAUAAAACUUUUUUUCUUCUAUAUCAAAAAUUUUUUUAAUGCUAAUUAUUAUCUAAAGGCAAAAAAAUAUAAGAAUGCACAAAAUAAACAAAACUUUUUUUUCAAGUCAAAGUUCUUUAUGAAAAGGAAAAAUUAAAAAAAAAAAGAAGAAAA